AUGCCAGAAAUCGAAGAAGCAUCCCCAGACGGACAGGGAUUGAAGAUGGAUGCCUUUUCUCGUGCAGAGCUCGAGCGCAUAAAUGCCGGCCUUGCCAUAAAAUUGAGAGACGUCGGACACGCUUUCAUGUGCAUGUUGUGCUUUGCAGCUGGACGCAAAGGGACUGGGAGACCUGCAAUUUUGAGGAAACGCUAUCGUGUGAGGGGUUACUUCACGAGAAUUGGACAUCAAACAUCACAUCAGCGCUUCGCGCUCGCGUGGCGCAGCGAGGUCCAAGAGGAUGGCUGUUCGAGUACGUUCCUUGCAAUUGAGUUCACACUAGCAUACUGGGAGAAAGUAGUGAUGUACGCGCAUCCCGCGGAAGUUCCGCGCGCGAUACGUCCACACAUGGAUCCAUCCGUCCUUCACCGCCAGCUCGACCACGACGAGCCACUUCUCCGCGCAGACACUGACUUGGUCAAUGAGAGGAUAAAGGGCAGGUUAGUUAGCUGGGCAAUGGGUCCAACCGGAGUAGUCUGGGGCGUUAGCGAAAUGGUUGAUGAUAAAUAUGUAAAACAGGAGACAAUCCUUCCUCCUGCUGGUGGCUUACCAUCGAAUUUGCGGGUUGAGACGUUACCACAUAAUUAUGUUGCAUUCAUCGCACCUUCAUUGCACGGUAUCCGUGAACUCGGGUUCCUCGGCUAUCUCAGCCUUCUGACCUUCUAG